CCUCCCCCCUUUGCCUCUUCUCUCCUCCCCUCCGUCACCGCCUGCUUGUCAAACCAAGCCUCUUCCUUCGCUUACUGUCCCCUCCCAGCGGGUCUCCCUCCCUUUGCCAUUGCAGUGUAGCCUAACCCUCAGUAAAGGGGAGAGAAGGAGAAGAGAGCCUGAAGCCGGGUGGAAAGCCAGGACGAGACCUCAGCGAGUACCCCAACAAUAUAUUUUUUGUGUUGUUUCUCGCCACAGCUCGGCGGCACUACUGACUCCCCCUCCCCUGUUGUAACUCUUUUCCACUCACAUCGCCUGGAUUUCAUCAUUCGACCUGCAAGAUGGGAAAUGAAGCCAGUUUCCCCCUGGAGAUGUGCUCACAUUUCGAUGCUGAUGAGAUUAAGAGGCUAGGGAAGAGGUUUAAGAAACUCGACCUAGAUAACUCCGGCUCACUCAGCGUGGAGGAGUUCAUGUCGCUGCCGGAGCUGCAACAGAACCCGCUGGUGCAGAGGGUUAUCGACAUAUUCGACACAGACGGGAACGGAGAGGUGGACUUUAAAGAGUUCAUUGAGGGAGUCUCGCAGUUCAGCGUCAAGGGAGACAAAGAACAGAAACUCCGGUUUGCUUUCAGGAUCUACGAUAUGGACAAGGACGGCUACAUUUCCAAUGGCGAGCUCUUCCAGGUGCUGAAGAUGAUGGUAGGCAACAACCUGAAGGACACGCAGCUCCAGCAGAUCGUGGACAAAACCAUUAUCAACGCAGACAAGGACGGAGACGGCAGGAUAUCCUUUGAAGAGUUCUGUGCAGUGGUCGGGGGUCUCGAUAUACACAAAAAGAUGGUGGUGGAUGUGUGAGCACUUUUUUGCUUGCUGACUGCCCCCUUCCUCCUCGACACUCGCUUUCUCCGCCAUCUCUGAAGAUCUGCUCAAGACGUCCGGAAAAUCCCUCUCUAUGUAACUCAAUGGACGUAUUCGCUCUCUUUCUCUCUGUAAAGCCACUUUUUCUUUCAAAAAGCACGGGCCUAGUGAAGCCAAUUUUGAAGUGUUAUUGAACUAUAAAUCCUCUCAAUAACCCGGUCGUAGCACUUUAAGAGACUGAAGGACAUCUAUUAGUCAUUCGCAGAGCAACUCUGAUUUUUGGAUGAGGGGGGAGAAAGUGGGUUAAGGGGGGCGCAGUUAAGAGGCUUGUUGGCUUGUUCACAUUUCAUCCUUUUUAUUUUUGAUAUUUAUUUUUUGUUCUUGUCUUUUAUAAAGAAGAAAAAAUACAGUAUAUCUAUGGUUGUCUUGUGAGGGGAAGUGUACGGCAUAUUCACACUAGACUUACAGUACAACUAGAAAGUAGGGUAUGAAGUGCCAACCAGAACAUAUCCAGAAACCAGUCCAAGUUAUUACCGAUCAUCACCACUGUCGUUAAUGCCAGACAGACUGGCUUUUGACACUUCCAGCUCAUAUUUCACGCAAAACUAAAUUUCAGAUGUCAUGACUUUUUGUCCUUAGCAAAGCAUGAAUUCAUGUUUUUCUUUAUUUGUGAUAAGAUUGCUAGGUUUAUUCAUACUUAAUGGGUUUAUAUUGUUGGAGAUUAUCCUUGUUUCCGGUCAUGAAAUCAUAGGUAGAUUAAUUAAUGCCAAGAAAAUGUCUUUCCAAAAAUAUUUUGUGGCUGCAAACUGAUACAUGGUUUACUCUCGAUGAAGCAUUUUGCGUUUACCAGUGUACAUCCAUAAGACAAUCUCCAAAACAAAGAAUAACUCUGCACUCACACUGACAAAUGAAUUGUAGUGGAAUCAUUAGAUUUGUAUUUAAUGUUGAGAACAAAGGCUGGAUGGACUUGGCUAAGAACUGAGAUUAAUAGUGAAUAAUGGUGAGAUUAUACACAAUUUGUGCGAGUACAUAGCAAUUUAAUAGAAAUAUCUGCAGGCAUUUGUUUAACCAAUAUGUGUACAUUAGGUAAUGAAUGUGUGCACAUCUGUAACGGCAAGAGCCCUUCUGAAUACUUACCUUUCUCAAUACAGUACAGGACGGGUCAGAGUUUUCUUUAACGCAACACAAACACUUAAAAUCUUAACAUGCUGGCAUGAUCAGUGUGCAAUGGAAUAAACUAUAUUGUAGUUUCUUUUAUGGAACGUGUACAUUUGAAAAGUUGGCUUCCUCUCCCACAUCUUUUUUCUCUCACAUUCACCUUAUUUUCUCCCCUCCCAUCCACUAAUACUAACAGGGAGAAAAACAAAUUCAACCAAAUUUUAAUUUCCAUGUGAAAAAUGCUUCCCACUAUAUACCACACCGGGACUAGCUUUUAUUUUGCUAUGGAGGCCAUUGGAGGUUUGAACAGGAGUUUUCAGUCAGAUGUUAAUCAGGAGUGCUCAGUGUCCCGUAUCUCAAAGCUCCGCACGGCUCGGGCCUCCCUGUGCUUGCAUGACAUGGAAAUAUUUUUUGUUGUGCAUGUAGAUUUUUUUUUUUUUUUUUUUUUUUUUAAAUCCUCUUGUUUACACAUAGAAGGUGAUGUUAAUAUAUUUAAGAAUUUAAUGGUAUACAAUAUGGAUGUUGCCAAACUUUGGUAAAUGUAUACAUAUUAUGAGAGGUAAUCCAAAUGAACUGAAGUAAAUGUAACUUUUUGUAUUAUACCCGGGUCAGCAAAAUGCUUCUAUUCCAGUAAAGGUUGCAUAUCUGAUCCUGUCUCAAACUGCCACACACUGUACUCCGCUUAAAAGGGGAACUUUUGAUGGUGUUUUUUUUUUUUGUUUUCAUUUCUCUUUUGUAUAUAAGUAUUUGUUAAAAUGCAGUUCUGGCUCACUGUUCUCUGUAUAGUUCAGACCGCGCUUUAGUUUGUAAGUGAUUUUUUUUCUCAGAGGGAGUUGGGUUCUUUUUAGUUUCAUGGGGAUAUCUGAAAAGUUGAAAAAACUUUUUUUUCCUUUUUCUGCAUGCUGCAUCUUAUGCUGUGGGACUGUUGGAAACUUGAUACUAUAUGAAAAUUAAAUAAAAUUUUGAAAGGAUGAAAGUAA